CCUCCCCCGUCCCACCGCGCCACCCACCUGCCCGCAGCGGUUCCGCUACGGGUACUCGCCAUUCCUCCCCGCCGCCUCGCCUCCCCUCUGUCCCCGAGGAGAGACAGACACGCGGCCGCCAUCCCAGCCAGGCCGAGGCAUGUCCGGCGGCGCCGCCCUAGCCUCCCAGCCCCAGCCCUCCGCGCCCCCGUCGCAGCCGCAGCAGCAGCAGCAGCAGGCCAGGGAGCAGCUGAAGAAGGCGGUGGAGAUGAACGCGGUCCGCCUCCAGGCCAUCGGCGAGCGGAUCAGGGGCCACUUCCGCGGCGGCUCCUACGCGCUCGCCCCCGCCGACCUCUCCCACCUCGUCUACGCCCUCGCCAGGGGGAUCGAUUACGCGCUGUCGGGCGGUGACAUUCCUAAGAUCGCGGGUGAAAUACCAGACACUUUGAGAAAGGUAUAUGAGCUGAGGAAGGAUCCAUUUCUACAAUCUUCUGUCAUGGUACUGAUCAUAUCAUGCAAGAAUGCUUGUAAAAACAAAUGGUUUCAGCCUUCAGAUUACAUUGAUAUUCUCAGAAUGGCUGAUGAGCUAUCCGGCAGCUUCUGCACGAACAGUAGCGAGCCAGCUAAUGACAGCACCGUGCUUGAAAUCAUUUCAACAGUAAUGCCAAGGUAUUAUCCUAAGUUGAAGUUCGACCGUCUAAUCACUUCGCUGGAAGCAAAGGUUGGAUAUGAUAUUUUGAUGGCUGACUUCUUUAUUCAUAGAAAUCUACCUAAACAUGAAAAGAUUUGUCUAGUUGUUGUCCAAAAGGAAAAUUUAGAUGUCUCAUCAUGUAUCGCAAGCCCCCAGCAUGUGAGCUUUUUAGUAAACGGAAAAGGUGUGGACAAGAGGACUAAUGUUUCAAUGGAAACAGGACCCCAGUUCCCCACGGAUAUCACUAAGAUGCUCAAAUAUGGUGCAAACAUUGUACAAGCCGUUGGAUAUUUUACUGCUAACUACAUCAUAGCUGUAGCAGUUGUGAACAAUUUGAUGUCUUUUGAUGUUCCAAAACUCAGUGCCUAUGCCCAACCAGUCACAACAGAUCUUCCUGAUUCAGAUUCAGAUAUGCUACUGGAAGGGCCAUCAAGAGUUUCCCUAAAGUGCCCCAUAAGUUUUAGGCGUGUGCAAACCCCAGUUAAAGGGCAUCUAUGCAAACACCAUCAGUGUUUUGAUUAUGACAGUUACAUGGAUAUUAACUCGAGGAAACCAACCUGGCGCUGUCCAUGUUGUAAUACUCCUUCAAAUUUCAUUGACAUUCGAAUUGAUCAAGAGAUGGCCAAGAUUUUACAAGAGACUGGUAAUGAUAUCAUGGAUGUUCUUGUAUUCCCUGAUGGAUCUUGGAAAGCUGUUUCAGUUCAUGAUGAGAAAUCAGAUAAACAUGGUGAUGCAAUUCAGCAGAACGAGAAUACUGUAGAAACUGAUGCAACUCCUUCGGAUGUUAUAGACCUAAUAAACAAGGAUGAUGAUGGUGAUCUGCCUAUGAGCUCGGCAUCUCCCUCAGAAGAUUUGAAGCCUGUGUUGAAUAGUCAAGAUAUAUCUGUCAUGGACUAUCUUCCGGAUUUCCCUCUAAGCACAGCCGCUCAGUCAGAAGAUAUGUAUGUAGGAGGUGGAACUUCAACUUCUGGCCAAAAUUCGUUACCAUCAUCUAGUGGCGGACCUGGCUCUAGUUCAAUUGGGACCUUGGAGUCUAUUCUCCCUAGAGAUAUCCUGCAAAUGCAACCUGCUACCACACGUGCCAUCUCUCCUUCUGAAACCUCCAAUUUAGCAUCUGCCAUGCAACAAGUUUCACAAGGAUACCCCAAUAUUAUGCAGAUGCAAUCACAGCUAGAUUCUUUACUUCGAUCAGCACAUCAUACUAGAAAUGUCAGGAGAGAGCCUGUAGCAGUCCAGGCUCUGGCAGUGCCACAACAUAAUUCAUCUAGAAGGGUGCAGGCAAAUGUCUCGAAUUGUCCACCUCCCACCCCACAGUCCAUUUCACCUUCUUCAAACUACCAAGCACAUCAUGUGACAAAUGCAGACAGUGUAAUCACAUCGAUGGUUAAUGGUGUUGGGCCACUCUCAAGGGCUCCUGACGGUUCCUCACCAUUCCAUCUACAGCCGACACAACAGGAUAUGCGCAACAUGCCAAACCAUCAACGUGGUCGGGUUAUGGGCCUUGCUGCAAAUCCCUUCAUGCAUAUGAGACCGCCGACAGGAGGCCCAGGACAGGGUAGAGGUGCUAAUGCCUAUGGAGCUCCCUACCCUCAACAAUAUCAGCAAUAUGACCAGCGACAAUUCGACAAUCUAAUAGGCCAACUGGUGAACCGAGGGGGUGCAGUUAGCCAGGCCAUACCAGGCCAUCUCUACGUUCCCCAGCAGAGCCAGGCAAUGAGAACGCAAGCAGUGUCCCGACAGUCUCCACCAUUGCAACCGCGCGUGCAGUCUCCUGGUCUAGCACCUACUGCUCCGCGUGUGCAGUCUCCUGGCCUAGCACCUACCGUUCCGCGUGUGCAGUCUCCUGGCCUAGCACCCACUGUUCCGCGUGUGCAGUCUCCUGGUCUACCACCCUCUCCGACUCCCGCUACGCCCCUCCUCGAGGACUCUGAUGUCCCCGAGAUCGAGAUGGAUCCGAACUGGCAGCCCACGGGGCAGAUGAGGGGGAGCCUGGUAGGCUCUGCUUACGAUCAAGCAAUCGAACGGUAUCUGCAGCCUGGUGGUGGUCAGCGGACAAAUCAGGCUCGGCCACCUGGCAGGUAAACAUAUACUCGUCAGGUGCUGUGGGUGGCUCUGGAUUUAGAGAGGCUAACAUGGAUCUGCGUGUGUGGGUGGCUCUGAACUCUGAACGUCUGAUCUGCGGUUAGAUAUUAACGUCCUUAUGUUAUAUGUUAGUUUGCAAAUGUAGGGAGUACUGAUUGUGCUGCUUAGCGUUAGCGUACAUCUGUUGUUGUGCAAUGGAACGAAGUAUCUAUUAUUUUAUGUCACCUCUUCUUGGCGUCA